UGGGAAAAAGUGGGCUCGAUGAAGGCAGGCAGACGUAAAGCGUGGCGCCCUCCAGGCGAUAUACGAAAACUGAAAAAUCAUUGCAAGUACCUGGCACGCAUAACCUUAUAUAGAAGUAGUUGUCGUAGCGGUUAGUCGUGUUGUGUUGUGUUGUUGAUGGUGCCGCAGCAAUGGGAUCUUGAUCGAAUGGCAAUGAAAAUCGAAAGCUGUACGGCAUUGACUUCUCCUAAAUAAGGGCAUAUAUACGAAUAAGAUUAUUGUUCGUGCGGCAUGCGACGUGAUCGUCUUCGCGAGCCGCCUUAAUUUCCUUCUUCGGGCUAGUGGAUAGUUUGUUGGAUAUUUUCAUGCCAAACUCAUCAUGGUCCGCGUGAUAAGCCAAGAGACGUACGACGAGGUGGUUAAAGAAAAUAUCGAGGAAUUUUCAAUGUCACCGGAGGAAGCGAUUAAAGAUGCCGUUGAACAAUUCAAUGCACAAGGUGUCGACUUAACGAAUAUUAUAAAAGAUUUAGCAUUGAAUGACAGUACGGAUGAUAUUAUAUCUUCGAUAAAAAAACUUUCGGAAUAUUCUACAGCUGCCGAAUGUAAACACAUGACUAUAAUUCUUAAUACUCUUAUGUCAGAGCUAGAAAAAGAUAUUGCUCGGAGAGUUUUUGCAGGAAAAAAUGGAGCCUACACCACGUUACUUCAAGUACUGACUAAUUUUAAGGAUAAGCCAAUUAUCGUACAAACAGCGUUAAAAACAAUUACGAUACUUAUGACUGGAAAUCCUGAUUUGUUGGACGAGGCUGGAGUAAAUCUUCAAAAGAGUUUAUUAGAAGCUCCUAACAAUGAUUCGCAAACAUUACAUUUAGUAUUAAAAUGGAUACGAGAGUGUUGUAUCAAGCAUGAAAUGAAUAGACAGCAGAUUUUUAACGCAGGAAUCCUAAAUAAUUUAAAAUUAGAGUUAAGUAAAAAAGAUGCAAACAUGUCAAUCGUUAAGGAAGUAUGUCUUGUAUUGAGAGCUUUAACUUUGGAUGAUGAUAUAAGACACGAAUAUGGAAAAGCACAUGAACAUGCGACAACCAUUGCCCGACAAAUAUUACACACACUUACAAAAUUACUAUCAAUUUACAAGUCUAAUGAAGUAAUAGUUGGUGAAAUAAUGCUAACGUUAGCAUCUUUGAUAGUGAGGAAUGAAUUUUGCCAAGAUUUUGAAGAUGCUAAAGGAAUACAAUUUAUUUUAGAUGUAUUUACAAAUUUUCCUGAAGUUGAAAAAAUAAAUUGGCAAGCCCUAAAAUUACUUAAAAGCUUAGCAGGCAAUGACGAUGUAAAAGCUCACAUUAUUACUUCAGGAAUAGCUCCAUUAAUAAUAUAUGCUAUAAGCAGAUUAAGGAGUUCAGAAGCUGUAGUUACAGCUGGACUUGCUUGUAUAUCAGCGUUAACAUUAAAAAGUCCUUCAAAUGCUGGUGUUUUCUACGACUGUGGGGCAGUAUCAAUUAUUAUUGAUGCGAUUAAAGCUUAUCUUAAAUGUGCUAAUGUAAUUCAGCAAGCCUCUUGGGCAGUUAGAAAUAUGUCGGUUCGAAAUACAUAUGAAUCAAAAGAAUUUAUAGCUUAUGGUAUUGAAGAAUUAUUUAACCAGGCACUUAGAAUUCAUGGGCAAAAUUUAGAGGACGACAUCAAAGCAGCUUUAAGAGAUUUAGGUUUAAAAGUAAAUUUAAAGGAACAAUGGACUGGGAAAGGUUGUGUAUUAACACACGAAUAACAAAAUUUACUUUUAUAAAUAAAAAUCUUUAAGAUAUUAAAUUAACAUUGUUAACGUUGAAGAGCAAUUAUUUUGAUUCGUUUAAACAAAAGGUAUUUUAUAAUUAAUUAAAUUAAUUGCCGCCAGAUUUUACAAUUUAUCAUUUUUAUAAAUAAAGC